CACUGUGAAAAUUUAAUCUCUAAUUGAGUAGCCCUGGACUUCUGUGUGAGACAAAAUCAGGUUUUCAAAAGACAUUUCUUGAAUUGAAGCCUCCCAUGGAAAUGAAAGAUUCUGACUCAACAGAGGCCUCAGCCAUGAUGCAUAGACAAGGAUUCCUAGCAGAUGUAGUAGACUUAAAACUGGAAACAGAGAACCAGGAUUAUCCUGAUAGUCGAGAAAAUAUUCAGUCAUCUAACACCAUUACAUCUCUUCAGUCUAAGUGCACUCCUCAUUUAUCAGUUGGAAUAUCUUCAAGAUCCACGAGUCUUCUAACUGAAGGAGAGAAAGAUUUCCAUAAGAAAAAUCCUUAUUGGAAGCCUACCCAGUAUCUGCCUGGAAGUAAAGCUCUAGCUUCAUCAGAAGUAUCAAUGCUGAAGCACAAACAAGAAUUCCCACCAGAAGGAUACUUGCAAAUGAAAACAGAGGAAAGUCAGAAAAAUCUUGACAGGAAUGAAAUCAUGCACUCAUCUAAUGCUGUUAUACAGCCGAACCAAAUUCUUCAUUUACAAAUAGGACUAGCACUGAGACCCACGGAUCUUCUGAAUGAAGGAAAAAAAGGCUUUUGUGUUAACUAUUCUGAACAAAAGUCUUCCAUUGAAGAGAACUAUGUUCCAACUAAAGAGUCAGCAGUAAAGUGUGGACAAGAAUUCCCAGCAGAAGCAGACUGGAAAAUAAAAACAGAGGAUUUUCAGGAAAAUCUUGAUGACAAUGAAAGUAUCCGAUCAUCUAAUUCUUUUAAGUGUCUUCAACCGAGGCCUAGUCCUUAUUUGUCAUUAGAAUUAACUCAAAGGUCACAGACUCUUCUAAAUGGAGAGAAAGGUCCACAUAAAAAGCAUCCUGAAGGGAAGAAAACUCCAUCAACUGAAAGAGAAGAUUCUCUUCCACUUGAGUCAUCAGUGUGGGAACCGGAACUGGAACACCCAUCAGAAGUGGACACACAAAUGAAAGCAGAUGACAACCUUAAAAAUCUUGAUGGAAGUGAGAGUUUUCAGUCAUCUGAUACCAUGCCAGAUCUUCCACUGUGCCACAUACCACCUUCAUCAAUACCCAUGGAUCUGCUAAAUGAAGGAGAAAAAGAAGCUGAAUUAAAAGAUGAAUCAAUGAAAAAUCAAAACCAUCUUGAGAGCACUACUCAGACAUCUGAUAGCAUUAUGCAUCUUCCACCCAGGGAUAUUCCUCAUUCAUCAACAGGAAUAAAUCCAAGAUUCACAAAUCCUCCUAAUGCAGGAGAAGAAGAAGACUUACAAAUGAAAUUGGAGGAAAGUCAAAUAAAUAUUGAUGGCAAUGAAAGCAUUCAAUCAUAUGAUAAUGUGAAGCACCUUCAACCAAGACGAAUCCGCCAUUUACUGAUGGGGCUCAUUCCAAGACCCAUGAAUAUUCUAAGUAGAAGAGGGAAAGGCUCUCACAAGAAAUGUGCUCCAUGUGAGAAUCCUAUUGAAAUUAAAGAGUUUGAUCCAAAUGCAAAAUUGGAAAGACAAGAAAUAAAAGCAUUCACAUCAGUGAUGUUAGAAGAUGAUCAGAACCUGUGUGAUGGCAGCAAAAAUAACCAGCCAUUGGUUGAAGCAACCCUGAAGAAACGGACAAGCAACGAAACAGAAGAUGCAGCUCAAUUCUGUGGCUGUGCAUUAGCUGCCACUGCUCAUGAUGUUUCUACUGCUUCUGUUGUUGCUGCUAUCGUUGCAUCAACUGUUGUUGCUGCAGCGGCUCCUGCCGCUGCUGCUGCUGCUGCUUCUGCUGCUGUAGCUGCAGUUGUCGCUGCUGUGGAUCCUGCUGCUGCUGCGGUUGCUUCUGCCACUGCAGCUGUUGAUGCUCUUGUUGAUGUUUCUCCUGGGGCUGCACUUGACAGUUCUGCUAUACCUGUUGCUGCUGCGACUGCUGCCACUGCUGCUGCUGUUCCUGCUGCAACUGCCGCCAGUGCCCCAGAUGCUGCUCCUGCUGUGGUUGCUGCUGCUGCUGCUGCUGCAGCUGCUGCUGUUGCAGUGACUUCGGUGGCUGCUGCUUCUCUCACUGCUGUUUCUGCUGCUUCUGUUGCUACGGUGGUUGCUGUUGCUGUCACUGCCAGAGCUGGUUUGGAUGCUCCAACUGUUGCUCCUGCUGCUGCUGCUGUUGCUGCUGUUACUGCUGCUACUGGUCCUGCAGCGGCUGCUGCUCUUGUGGCGUCUGUUGCUGCUGCUGCUGUCACUCCUUGUGUUCAUCCUGCUGCUCCAGCGUUAGCUGCAGCCCCUUCUUCUGUUGCUGCUGCUACUGCGGCGGCUGCUGCAGUUGCUACUCAUGCUGCAGCUUCACCUGCUGUAGCCGCUGCUGCAGCUGCAGCUGCUGCUGUUGCUGUUGCUGUUGCUGUUCCCACAGAUGCUACGACCACUGUAGUUUCUUCUGACAUUCCUACUGCUGCACCCAUUGCUGUUGCUGUUGCUGCUGGUGGUGCUGCUGAUACAAAAGGAAGACUCAGUCUACAAAGAAAGUAUGUGGAGGAGGGAAAGCAGCAAUAUCCUACUGAGGAAGCAGAGGAGCAUGAUGUUAGGAUCAAAAAGACAACAUCUACAGAAAGAAAUCAGCCAGUAAAAGACAGACAUGAUCCUCAUGCCUUGACUCCAGUAACUGAAUCGUGCUCAGCAGAAUAUCUUGGUAGCCCCUUAAAAAGUACACCUGCCUUUGAUUCAUAUAAAGAGUUAUUAGAGCUUAAAGAAGUCAAUGUUCAAAUACUCACAGAAAAAACUAAAGUGGAAAAUGAAUUAUCUGAAAUAAAAGAAGAGAACUCACAGUUAGAGAAAAAAAUUGUAAGAAAGAAUGAAAAAAUCUGUACUCUGAGAUCAAUCAUAAAAGAACAAGUGGAGAAAAAAAGAAAUAUAAUUUGUGCUUAUAAUGAGGUUGUGGAGGAACUGAGAGAAAAAGAAGAGAUAAUUCAGAGAAAAGGAGAACAAUAUAACAGACAAGUUACAGGGACACAAGAGCUUGAAAUAUGUCCAAAGACAAAAGAUGUGGAGUUGAAGCAGCUACAAAAAGAAAAAGAACAUGCACAGAAGAUGGAAGAUCACAUACAAAUAUUGGAACUAGAAAUUGCCUCACUAAUAGCAACAGUGAAGAAACAGAAGGAGGAAAUUGAACAUCUGCAGAGAUGUGUGCAAAACCCGCACAAAAUCCUGGCACAGAGUUCCAAUUUUACGGAGACAGCUGCUCAAGAAAAUCAGGACACGUGGAAUAACAACACUACAGUAAUAACAGAGAUGGGAAACUUAAUCAAAAGCCUGAAGUCUAAAGUCUCCAGUGUGAAAAUCUCCAAAGAGUUCAGCAAAAAAGAACUGGAAAAGUAUAAGCGAUUCUAUCUAGAAGAACUAAGAAAUAAAAACUUCUUAUUACAUGAACUAAACAGUACUAAUGAGAGUCGGGAACAAUCCCAUACAGAACUUCACAUGAAAUUUCAGCAAAACAUUUCUGCAUCAAAAACCCUGAAUACAAGUCUUGUUCAUGAGUGUUCUUGUGUGGAAAAAACUGAGAAACUGGAAAGCAAGGACUUCCUCCCUGGGGAAAACUUGGUGUUGCCUUCUUCCAGCACAGAAUCAACUCAUGUCUGCAUGGAGCACUACCCAUGGACGUCUGAAGAUGACAUGAGAGACCUAAGCAAAGGACUCAGUGACGUAAAACAAUCUGUUCAACUUAGUGUGGAGACUCAGAAGAAAGAAGACGCUGAAGUAGGAAAAGAACGAGCUGGAAUUGGGAAAUCCUUUAAGAUGACAGAUCAUAGACAGGAUAUUGGAGACUGUGGUUCUCAUGGGGAUUUUGAAACCUCCCUACUUGAAAUGAGUACUCCAGCAACAAUGCCAGGAUGCAUGGCACAAGCAACAGGUAAACCAUGCUCAGAAUUCUUAAAGGAGAGCUAUACAACUUCAACAAUCAAUGCAAUGGAAACCAAAAUCAGAAGCCUUAAAUUGACACUCUCUAAACUGAAAGUUAGCAGAGCAUUGCGAGUAUUAGAACUGGAACGCUAUAAGUACCUCUACUAUGAAGAAUUGAGCAUUAGAAAAUCAGUUCAAUAUUACUUAAACAAGAGUAAUGAAAAUCCAGAGAACAGAUCAAAGCUUUACAUGGAAACACAGCACAGCAGCUCUGCAGUAAAUGCACAAAGAAUUGGACCUUUGACGGAGUGCUCUUCUACUGGCUGCUUUGACAGCAUUCCAGGACCUGGAAAAAGUCUCCUUCUGAGAGAAAACCAGACAGCAUCGUCCAGGCUCUCAACCAUUGACAAGUGGCCUGGAAGAUUGCCUGAAAAUGAUACAACAGGCGUCCCAAUAGAAUUAUGGAGUAGCAAAUAAAGCAAGGAAGACAAUCAACAAGAUUUCUGUUGACAGAUAUUAAACAAUUUGAAACAAUUGGAACAGUUUCUAUAUCAAAUAAACAUAUGGAUUAUCUACUUUAAGUACCCCCCCAAACGCCAUGUA